AUGGACGCCGCUCCGCGUAUGGAGCACAUCCGGAGGGUCAGCACCCAGCGCCUCCCCCCUCCGGCUCUCUUCCAAGGUCCACCCUCUCACAAUGCGUCGAAUCUUUCUCUCGCGCCCCCGGUGCCGGCGGUGUCUUCGCCCGGAACCAGCCAGCCGCCGCCUCUUCAGCGCAAUCGCUCAUCCCGACAGCCCGGCGGGCUCGAACCGCCCGGCUCGCUGUCCCCGUUCGUGUCACGUAGACCGUCCAAAGGCGAGGCUGAUCGCUCCGAUGCCAUCUGGCAGGAGAUGCAGAAUGCCCUGUCGGAGGUCGAGCUGAGCGCCGUGACCAGUGAAUACGUCUUCGGGGAGAAGCACUCCGAAGCUUUGGAGGAUCUCCGGACCAAGCAGCUGAAGCUGGCGCAGGCCUGGGCUGCGAGCGAGGCGGACGACGAGGGGGCCGAGAAUAAGGGGAAUCCCCCGUCGUUGCGGAAAGGCUCGCGCAAUACUGCCACGACGGGAGAACCGGUCGCGGUGGACGAUGCGUCCCAUCGAAACUUGGACGACGAGACUGAGAAGGACCUGGUUCUUGCGCGCGAGCGACGAGAGGCGAAUGAUCGGUAUUUUGAUCGGGUGAAUAGCGGCGUGUUGGAUGUGGUUGCCAGGCUUGAGGAAGUUGCUCAGGCCAUGCGUGCGGUGGAGAGAGAAAGCAGAGAUAUCUGGAGUGACAGCGAAACGGACAGCGUAACGGCGACGACGCGGUCGACUCAUUCUGACUGA